UAAGCCGGUCAAUUUAGAAUUAACAGAGAACGCGCACGAGAAACCUAGAACAAGUUUACUGCUUUACACGACUUUUUAUUACUUUGCGCAAAGAUGCUUCGGCAAGCGUUUUUGUUGAGUGUUUUAUUGGUUUUGGCCGCUAAUGGACAUCUUUUGAGUGAUCUCGCACUAUUUGACGACCAAAAUCACGACUACUUUCAACCGUUCCCUUUCAGUGGUGCCCAGGUCGCCAAACGAUCAUCAGAACACUCCGAGAAUGAUCGUGAGGAAUUAGGGCCGGACUACAAAGAUCCAAAGAAUACAGAAGAGAGCAAAGAAAAACCGGUGCUGAAUCCCAAGAAAGACAACAAAAAACCGAAACAACCCACUUUGGGAACGGGUUUCAUCGGUGGCGGUGUCGUCGAUGUCGACGCGAGUACCGGAGGUUUUCCCUCGUUUCCCAGCCCGUUUGGACCUGCCUUCGAUUUUCCCACUUUGCCCGGCUUGGAUAGUCAAAUAGGCAGCGGGUCCGGAAUUGCCAGCUUGUUUGGACUUGAUGAAGGGAAGAAGUGGUGGCAAGGAAAAAAUAUAUGCAUAGAACGCGAAGAGAGUACAGACGAUGAGCACGAUGACAAAGAAAAAGAAGAAGACGACAAGAAAAAUGACACCGAAGUCGACAAUCGUGAAUCCAACUUGUUCUCGACUUCCAUUCGGCUUUCGAACUGCUUCGAGACUGACAGCAAAUAUGAAUGUAUUACAAGAAUUAACAACCAUGGUGUCGUUAAGACCUUCACGGUUCGCUACAAGUGCUGUUACGGAUUUAAAAGAACCCCAGGCUCCGACGGAUGUACCGAACAGGUUGACCUUAAGCCGCUUCUGCAAACCCUGGACGACUUGAAAUUCGACGAGUUCCAUAAGCAAAUUAAGAAUUCAGGCCUCGAGGACAUGUUUAAAAACGGAAACUACACCAUUUUUGUACCGACAGAUGGAGCUAUACAUGAUUAUAAUGAUAGAUUAAAUGAUAUUAACGGAAUAGAUCAAGCCCGGAGACGUAGAGCUGUUAAAGUACCAUUAUCUUCAAAGGAACUGGUACUGAGUCAUACUACCAAUGGAUUUGUGGAUCUCUCCGAAGUUGAAAACGAGGAAAUUUUCAAAAGUAUGGACCAAGUAAAUUCUCCUAUAAGAAUCAACAUAUACCCAACCUACAGCGGCGAUAAGAUGACCACAGCAAACUGCGCCAGAUUGGUGAAAAGCAACAUUUUAACCGACAAUGGCAUCGUCCACGUCGUAGACAGAACCGUAGCACCUGCUACUGAGAGUAUCGAGAACAUCAUCGAUAGUAACCCCAGUUUGAGUAGCUUUAAACGAGUGCUCGAAAACACCGAUAUUAAAAAACAUAUAAAACCUGACGGUCAUUACACUGUGUUCGCUGCCACUGAUGAAGCCUUUAAUAAACUGAACGAGCAACAAAGACAGAAGCUACUGAACGGUGGAGGAUGUGCUUCAAGUAUAUUAAAACACCACUUUGUGGCUCAUACCGUAUGCUCUUCUGCUAUCAUUGGAAACGCCACCACCCAUAACGUAGAAGGAAUCAAUCUGAAUAUGGAACGUACCUUAGAUGACGACCUGAUCUUUGAAAAUAAAGCGAAAAUCGUUGAAGCUGAUAUUAUCGGUACCAAUGGCGUAAUUCACUUGAUUGACACACUAAUUAUUCCAGAAUCAGGGCAAUACAUCAGUAAUAUGUUGAAAACUCAAAACUUUUCGAUGUUCCAAAAUCUGAUCGAGAAAGCUGGACUGACAGACGAAUUAGAUAAUUAUGAAAAUGCAACUGUUUUCGUUCCGACUAAUAAAGCGUUUGAAUCCCCAGAAGGUACCAAACUGUUAAAGGAAAUAGAAAACGAUCCGGAACAGAUAAAGGAGCUGUUAAAAUACCAUAUUGCUGAUGGUAAAGUAGAAUCCCUUGAACUGAGCAAUAAUAUGAAACUAAACACCAAGGCUGGAAAGGGCUUAAGGGUGAAUCUAUAUUCAACUUUACCACUUUUCACGAACGUCAUCAAUAGGGCGACCAUUAACUGUGCCCCACUAAUUCAUUUCGAUAAAAAAACUUGCGGAUCCAUCGUACAUCAAGUAAACAGGAUAUUGGUACCUCCGAAGUCGAAUAUACUCGAUGUCAUCAGCACCGAUGAACGAUAUUCGAAAUUGAAAGAAUUAAUUGCCGGCACAGAGGUUGAAAAGGUAUUACAGGAAUCUAACAGGUCCCUUACCCUACUAGCUCCAACCGAUGAAGCUUUCGCAGCCAUGAGAGAUGAGGAGAGAGAACCUUUGUUUAAUAGUACCGAAAAGGCCGAUGAGUUUAUUAAGAACCAUAUAUUGACAGAGGUGCUUUGUUGCUCGGGAGUCGGUCCUCACACCUGGGGAUUCAACAGCUUCAUUCCGACCUUAGGCGAGCAAAGGGUGGAAAUAGGCAGAACCGGUAGCAGGAUUUUCGCUAACAGAGCUGUGGUCACCAAAUGUGACCAACUAGCAACAAAUGGCGUGGUUCACAGCAUCAAUAAGGCUCUGAUACCUAGAAAACGUACUGCCACACUGGGAGGAGGUUUCUUAUUCUUCGACAUCUAGUUUUAUGAUUAUAAAUUGCAUUGUUUUAAUUAGGAGACUACAAGUCAAUACUAGUUUUAGGAAAGAACUGAUUAUGAUCUUAUAUUUUGGUUUUAAUCGAUUGCUUUAAGGGUGAUUUGAGCGAUAAUUUAUUUUUUUAGACCUCGUGAUCUUUUUUUAGAAUUAAACGUUUAUACUAGCGCUUGUUGGCAGUAGUUUUAGUUUUAAUUUAUUAUACUUUCAGUCAGAAUAUUGCUUUUGUUUACAAUAAAUUAGUUUAACUAUA